GUUUAUUGAAUCAUAAUCUAUUUGUUGUCUAGAAUUUCAUUUCUUUUUUGACGCUCUCCAGAGGUGUCAUAGGUAUUCUACAGUAAUAUAUUUAAAUAUUAUAAUUAUAUAAGUGAAGAAUCGUAUAUUAGAUAGAAAUGUCUCCUAUUAGGCAGCAUUAUUCAUCAAGUACCGUUAAUCAGUAUGAAUUAUCAUCAAGAUUACUGUCGCUAACCGAAAAUGACGCUUCCUACACUUUGACGCAGAUCAAUGGGCAGAGAAUUUUUAAAAAAGCUCCUCAUGCUUGGCACGGACCCGAACCAUCUAGAAAAUGUGAGGUUUUUAUCGGAAGAAUUCCUCAUGAUUGCUUUGAGGAUACAUUGGUUCCUCUGUUUCGCCGGGCGGGUGAUUUAUUCGAGUUUCGCCUCAUGAUCAACUUUUCGGGAUGGAACAGAGGGUACGCGUUUGCAAUGUACGCAACGGAAGCUGAAGCAAGCAACGCCAUCCGCAUGUUCAAUAACUACAUGAUCAGGCCAGCUUGGCUCCUAGGUGUCUGCCCCUCGAUUAACAAUUGCCGCAUAUACAUCUCUCGCAUCCCGUCGACGACGCCUUCGGCCGACAUCGUACGGCUGCUGUACGCGCUGACGGACGAGGUGCAGGAGGUGCGCAUCCGGCGCUCUAUGGCGUCAUGCGCCGCCAUUGUGGAGUACCGCUCACAUCGCGGGGCCGCCAUCGCGCGCAAGGCGCUAGUGGCCGCGGCCUCGGCGGCCUGGGGCGCUGGCGCGCGCCCUGUCGUGGACUGGUCCCUUCCGCAGUCGCCGCAGCUGCUGCGCCAGUAUCGUGAGGUCGGGCGCUGGAGCCCCGAACGCGGCGUGGAGCUGGUGCGUACAGCAGAGGAGAUGGGCUCGCCACCACCGCUCGCCGCCGCCGCCUCGUACUCGCUGGAGCCCUGGGUGCAGGUCCGCCGCAUGCGCAUGAUACACGAGGCGGCGCAGCGCAACACGGCCGCUCACACUGAUUGGGGCAAUAGCAGCAUGUCCAAUGACAUGGGCCUGUUUACGACCUCUAUGGCUUCGCUCAACCUCGGGGGCGGAUUGGGCUUGGAAGAGGAGCGAGCGGUGUGGUCGCCCGUCGAGCCUGCCCCAGUGGCCGAGGACUACGUGCCUGCUUUGCAACGUAAUGGGGGUGAACCAUUUACAUUCCGUAAUGGGGGCGUAACUCCCGCAUCUCGCAAUGGUAGCGUCGCUUCAUCUCCAUAUAAUAUUGGUGCGGGAGCCGGUGCAUGCAACGGUACUGUAGCAGGUGCAACGCGCAACGGCACUGUGCCACUGGCCUCGGCUGCUGGCAAUGUCGGCAUGGGCGGGUUGGGUGAUCUGGGCGAGCUGGGAGUCGGCGCGCCGGCAGCACCUGACUCGUUCCCGUCCCCGCCGCCGGGCGAAUUCAAUCCGUGGACCGCCUACCAUCCGAUGCAGGAUUUCAUUGGCCGCAAGGCUAGGGAGUGAGUUGGUCGUCCUUGGAUUAAACACUGUGCAGGGUGCUCUGGUUGUUUUACUUUAAUAGGCCUUGAUGUUAUUUAACAAAAAAAUUUAGAAUGAAAUAUUUUAUGUAUUCCAUUGAUUAUGCAUGAUUAUGGUAAUAAUAACAUAUAUAAAAUGAAAUUAUUAUAUCAAAGUAUAUAUUUGGUGCAUACUAAAUAUUUUCUACAUAUGUAUGUCAUUUUGGUGUUUGGCCCUGCACAGUUUAUCCAAUAUUUAUUUUUCUUAAUGUUGUUUCUUUGUUAAUGUUGAUUAAUUUCUUAAAUGAAUUAGGAAUGUCGUCUCUAUUGUUCAAAUUUGCAUGCCGAGGGGAUUACAGUAGUUUGUAGGAUAUGGCAUGGGACAGUUUUAUCUAGCAUUUUUAACUGGAAGUUGCCUUUGCUCUUCGUAUAGAUAAUUAACCUCAAAACCAGAUAAAGCUAAUUGAUAGUACUGUCCUAUUCCUGUGACUAAUUGGCGUUAAAACGGCGACAUUGAGAAGCUUGUGAGCUGUUGCUUUUUUUUGCUUGGGUGACCACCCAUGUGUCGCUCGUCUAGCCUACGCUUCUCGUAAAGUCCCUUUUGCAUUUGCUGUAAAACAAGAGAGGUAAAAUAAAAUAUUUUAGAAAUUUUUAAUUUAAACUUAUAUUUUAAUUAAGAAUCUAAUUGGAAAGUACAAUUGAAUGUAUUAAAUUUUAUGCUUUUUGUAAGACGAAAUGGAUAUAUUUAAGCGUGUGGUUUUUCAUUGUUUAAUCAUUUAGAAUAUGAAUUAAGUGCAACCGCGGCGGAGCGAGGGCUCCGCUCUCGCAUAAGAUAACCGCACGGGGAUAUAUCUAAGUUUUUGAAGUUUUUUUCAAAGAAAAUAUUCAUCUUAUUGUAGUUUACUAUUUCUGUGUAUCAAUUAAGUAUAUUUAAAAUCAGGUUUUAAGAACUUAAAUCAAUUUGGAACUGUUUUCUCUGCAAUAAUAGAGUAUACAAGCAUUAUGAAAUUGGCAAAAUCUAAACCUUUUGUAGUUCGAAAAUAUGAAUUUAUCUCUCGAUGUUUUAUUAGUUUUUAACAUGAUUAUUGCAUGCCAGUGAAUUAAUUAAAUAAA